AUGACACAAAUGCCAAUCCGUCACUUAAUUUCCAUCAAAGAUCUAACUUCCCAAGAGUUGGAAGCUUUAGUUAAUAAGGCCCAAUACUAUAAGACCAUAUUCAAAAAUGGUGAUCCAAAUGAUUUCCAAGCAAAUCACAUCAAAUUGUUAGGCAAGACCGUUGCUUUAAUCUUUAGUAAGAGAUCAACAAGAACUAGAGUCUCUACUGAAGGUGCUGCAUCUUUCUUCGGUGCCCAACCAAUGUUUCUAGGUAAAGACAAUAUCCAACUCGGGGUAAAUGAAUCUCUUUACGAUACCGUCAAAGUUGUCUCUUCAAUGGUCUCUUGUAUCUUCGCAAGAGUAAAUUCCCACGAAGAAAUCCAAUCACUGGCAAAAUUUUCAAACGUCCCAAUCAUCAACUCAUUGUGCGAUACAUAUCAUCCACUACAAGCCAUUUGUGAUAUGUUGACGAUAAAAGAACAAUUCACAGAUGACCUCACAAAUGUCAAAGUUGGUUGGAUUGGUGACUCAAAUAACGUCAUUAACGAUAUGUUAAUUGCAUGUCUAAAAUUGAAAAUGAACGUCUCUGUUGCCAUCCCAGAAGGUAUUGAAAUGAACUCCGAUAUUAUACAUGCAGCUUCUCAGGUUUCAGAAGAAAAUGAGACCUCCUUUGAAGUUACGCAUGAUCCAAAGAUUACUGCUAAAGAUGCAAACAUACUAGUUACAGAUACUUUUAUUUCAAUGGGUGAAGAAAAGGAAAAGGAAACAAAAUUAAACCAAUUUAAAGGUUUUCAAAUCAAUAGCGAAUUAGCAUAUAUGGCCGACGCUAAUUUCAAAUUUAUGCACUGUCUACCAAGACACAAGGAAGAAGUUACUGAUGAUGUCUUUUAUAGUCCAAACUCUAUCGUUUUCGAACAAGCUGAAAAUAGAUUAUACGCUGCCAUGGCUGCAAUUGAUAUCUUCGUCAUCAAUAAAGGUAACUUCAAUGCUUAA